AUGCACCAAUUAGACUCUCCGUUGGAGACUUCGGGUCCAAAGGAUGCGAGAAAGUCUACGCGAAGGCGGGCGGUCCCUAGUGAUAGUUCGUUUAUCAGUGGCUUUGAGAAUACUACGAAGCCUCCUAGCUAUACCCCUGGCUCCGCUCAAGGGGGUCAUGUGGACACUCUAACUGCCAGAGCCCCAAGAGACGCGGAUUUGGUGCAUCUCGAUGCUUCGUCGACCACUUCUCGUGCGGAUGAACGGCCGAACUUCGAGAAAAGGCCCAGGAGAAAGACCAGGGAAGACAAGUAUGAAACGAAGAAAAGAAACCGAAAUCCCGAAGAGGGAAGCGCCGUAGACCAUAGCAAUCGCCGGAGUAAAAAGCGCAAGAAGGUCGAAAAGAGAAAGUCCAUGGCAUCUAGCAAAAACGUAAUGAAUAACUUCACUUCCAAUGCUGUCCUCAAUGACCGCAUCACGGUCCAACCACAUUUAAAGCCUGGUCUAUUUGACAAUGGAAGGGCAUCGAAAAAACAACCAAUAUCUGAUUUAACCUUCUCUGACAUGCAGUUCCUAAAGCGCCAGAAUAGACACGUUCAACCAAAAGUAUCAUCUAAGUCCCGCCUGAGGGAGAAACGUCGAGAAGACCGAGAAAUGGAAGAAGUAUCGACCUUUUUCCUAUCACACAAAGCCGAUAGAGGUACUCCUGGAUUAAGACCUCAUAAGCCGGAUACCAGUAGAAAAUACCGGGAAGCGAGGCAUCGCUUUGAACAACUCACGCCUAUCCGUGGUAGAAAACCUCCUGGGUCGUCGCCUCCGAGCCAUCAUGGAUAUGCUAAGCAUAACCGCACAUUCCGAGCUCAGGAUGAGACCGUCAAUCCCUCGCCACUCGCCGCGUAUUAA